AUGGCUGCAGAAAAAUAUAUAUAUAAAAUUGUACUCGAAUUACAACCAAGAUCACUUCGAGGUUAUCGUGGAUUAUUUGGAAUUAGAGAAAAUAAAUUCUUUAAUAAAGAAUCAUUUGACAUAAAUGAUUUUACCAAACUAUUUCUUAAUCAAGUUAAUAAUAAAUCUAUUCUACGUGGAGAACAUAUCAAAUGUUGUAAUUUAAUUGUUGCUGUUGAAGAAGUUAAAAGUGCUUCGGUGAAACUUCCAGGAAAUACUCAACUUGCAUUUCGAUUAAGAGGCCGUUCACUUUCUCAAAAUGAAGAAAAUAAAGAAAUAUUAAAUGACAGGUCUAUUCAUGAUAUUAUAGCUAAAACUAAUGAGACUAGUAUUGAUAUUGAAAAAAAACAGAAUUAUUCAUGUUAUGGAUCUGGUUAUGAAUUCUCAUUUGAUCAUAAAUGUGCUCGUUGUUCAAAACUUAUAACAGUUGAUCAUAAUUCGAGAACACGUGAUGGUAUAACAUAUAUAAAUUAUGUUGAAUAUAAAGGUUCAUAUUUCCAUUCUGAUUGUUGUUUUUGUUUUAAAUGUUCAAUGCCAUUAGCUGGAAAUGAAGUUUAUGAAGAUGAAUCUACAGGUCGACUUUUUUGUCUUAACCAUGAUCCGGAAGAAUUUUAA